AUGACCUGGGAAGAGGUUCGUAAGAAAUUUGGUGGCCAACAAUUCACGCCUGAAUCAAAAUAUGCUUCCUUCGUAACGCCAGUCUUCGCGACACCAGCUAGUUGGGGUGCGGCUGUGCGUUCCAGAUGGUUCUGUAUCGAGCCGCGCGACCAGCCACCAAACGCGCUGCUGCCCCAGGUUCCCUUGACGCAGUGCGCGGCUUGUCUCAAGCGGAAGCCGUACGAUGGCUACCGUGACGCCGCGGCACACCUAAGGAGCGCCCACUUCACUCAGCGCGAAGGGGAGCAUGCCGAAGACUGGCGGCUAUACCUUGUCUUGAAAGACUGGAUGAAGACGGCUGACGACCUAGAGAACCAGAACGAUGCGCCUAGAGACACAUCAGCCUGGGACGACCUCCCCCUCCCUUUGCCGCCACUUCAACAGCAAGAUGAGCCGACUUUCUCCGAUGCACUCAGUGACCUUGAUAAGGUGAAGGUCGAGUUCCACUAUCACCAGGAUGCGUUCACUGUCCAUGGUGAGUCCAUGGACUCCGGCUACCCUUCUGCAUUUGCGUCAGCAGGGCGACAGAAAGAGUCCGUCAGAGAAGGAAACGGUGAUGCCCGGACGGUCUACUCAGAUGAGGGGAGUAUAGACGGUGCUGAGUUGGACGCCUACAAGCGCGAGCUAGUUGACGACCUGGUUAAUGAAGCCCGGCGGCUGGAGGCGGAGCCCGAGGCUCUAGAAAAAGUAUUCGACGCGAUGCCGCCGCUGUUGAAGCCCUUCGCUUUGGCACUCGGCCAAUUCGGCUCUACACAGGCCCAGAGAGACGUGAUGUAUUUUGUCCACAAGUACAGGCUCGAGUUGUCCUGCCGGUUUAAGGAGUCAAUGCUGGGGUUUUGCGAGGACGACACGACGCCGGACCGGGAACGCGACCCCAUCGACAGCGAAGAGAGGUCGUCUCGCAUUAUCGAAUGGCUCGUUAGCUUGGGGGCUCCUGGGGCUGACGAAUCGGCGCCAGCUCCCGAGCCGCAAGCAGCUGCGGCGCUUCCAGAGGACGACGAGAUACGCCUGCCGGACAAGCAUGGGCUGUCCGUGGUAUUUUCCUUUGGCACCUUUACUGCAACGCGACUGGGGGAAGAGUCUCGUAAUCUCGAGGCGAACCAAGACCAGCACUUGGAAGACGUCGAUGUCAACGUCUUGAGGUCAUCUCGGCACGUAAUCGGGUGGUGCUCUGAGGUGGAUUACCUGGCUGGGGACGCUUCCGCAAACCAUGACAUUCGACGGUCCAGGCUCUCUUUCCCGGGACGGGAGUUUAAUCUCGAGAAAGUAUCCUUCUCGGUUGGCAACAUCGUCGCAGGUGGCUGUCAGUUCGCCAUCGGGAGGAAGGACUUACCUGUCAAUAUCUCAAAACAAGAUCACGGAUACCUGGCCAAGUUGCAGUGGAUUGAGCAGCGCUAUGUUGUACUGUGGGACGAGGAGGACAAGUGCGGCUGGCUCGUCAAGGGGACGAGUGCGUUGCUCCACCUCCUGCGCGCCUCGCUCAAGCACUGUCGGAACGACAAGUUCAGCUCCGAGUUUCUGUUUGACGAGAAGUUCUUCCAAGAACCGAAUGGGGAAGAGUUUGACGAGACCGUGACGUGGCCAGAUGGGCGGCAGGAGACGGUGACAAAGACACGCAACUCGUACGCAACCGUCGAGGACAGGGUGGUAGGGAUAUUUGAGAGCCUCGAGAAGCUUAUCGAUCACGAGGCACACUGCGAGGCUUCUGCAAAAGGUGUCAGUAUGAAGCCGUGGACCCGCAGCCAUCUGCAGGGCUGGGACUUUCGGGAUGUCGCGACAAACCGUGGCCCGCUCUACCUGAGGCUCACGACUCCACCAAGCUCUGGACGCGUCUUUUGGCAUAGCCCAUCCCAGCAUAGCCCGUUUGCCGCCGACGGCAAGAGCAUGGAUCCCGAAGAGUGGAAUCCAAUUCAGGAGUUGUUGCCUGCGGACUCUAAGUUUCGAGGGCUGCUCUCGCAAAUAAAGGGAUCGGAAACAGUGUACAUCGACAGCUGCCAGCACGGGGCUGUAAUCUUUGUCCACCUCAAGUCACCUAGGUUUGCCUGGCCCGACAAUGGCGGCCGGUCGCUAUCGACGAACCUGCGGUUGUUCCUUUGA